AUGAAGUUCUACAUCGACGAGCUCCCAGUGCUCUUCCCGUACCCCAAGAUCUAUCCGGAACAGUAUGCGUACAUGACCGAUCUCAAGCGCACGCUCGACGCCAACGGUCACUGCGUGCUGGAGAUGCCUUCAGGUACCGGUAAGACCGUCUCGCUACUCAGCCUCAUCGUAUCAUACCAGCUCUUCCAUCCAGCCAAGCGCAAGCUCAUCUACUGCUCGCGUACCGUCCCAGAGAUCGAAAAGGCGCUAGCAGAGUUGAAGCGCCUGAUGGAGUACAGAGCGAGAUACAACGUCAAGGAAGGCGAAGAGUCCGAGGUGCUCAAGAACGAAGCCGAGGGUAGUAAUGGGCCUGGCGAGCAUGAUAUCGACAUGAAAGGCAGAGGCAAAGCUGGCGGUCAAAUGGAAGAUAUCUUGGCGUUAGGACUCAGUUCACGCAAGAAUCUCUGUAUCCAUCCCGACGUCAGCCGAGAACGAAAAGGCAAGGUCGUCGAUGCCAGAUGUCGAGACAUGACCAGCAGCUGGGCAUGCGAGAAGGGCCGCCAAGAUCCCGGCAGCGUCGAGCUGUGCGACUUCCACGAAGAGCUCGGCAAGAUGGAACCAGGCCAGCUCAUCCCGCAAGGCGUGUGGACACUCGAGGAAGUCAAAGAGUACGCACGCGAUAAGGGGAUAUGCCCCUACUUUGCCAUCCGACGCAUGAUGCCCUUCGUCGAUAUCGUCAUCUACAGCUUCCACUACCUGCUCGAUCCAAAAGUCGCAGAGCAGGUCAGCAAGGAGAUGAGCAAGGACGCGAUCGUAGUCUUUGACGAGGCACACAACAUCGACAACGUCUGCAUCGAGUCACUCUCGAUCGACCUCACAAGACCGAUGCUCGAUAGCGCAUAUCGAAGCAUCAAUCAGCUAUCGGAUCGGGUCGACGAAAUCAAGAGAACGGACGCCUCAAAGCUACAAGACGAGUACGCGCGGCUGGUUGAAGGCUUGCAAGAGCAAGGCGAACAGAGAGAGGCGGAAUCCUUCAUGGCAAAUCCAGUAUUACCGGACGACUUGCUGCAAGAAGCGAUACCGGGCAACAUCCGUCGAGCCGAGCACUUUGUCGCCUUCCUGAAGCGGUUCGUCGAAUACCUCAAAACACGAAUGCGGGUGCUCCAUGUCGUAGCAGAGACACCGCCAAGCUUCCUCCAACACUUGAAGGACAUCACAUACAUCGAGCGCAAGCCUCUCCGCUUCUGUGCGGAGCGACUCCGAAUGCUAGUCGGCACACUGGAGCUGACUCGCCUCGACGAAUUCUCCGCACUGCAAAAGGUGGCCUCGUUUGCAACGCUGGUCGCGACAUACGACAAGGGCUUCCUUCUCAUCCUCGAGCCCUUCGAAACCGAGAACGCAACCGUGCCCAAUCCCAUCUUCCACUUUACCUGCCUGGACGCCAGUCUAGCCAUCGCACCUGUCUUCGAGCGUUUCUCGAGCGUCAUCAUCACCAGUGGAACCAUCAGCCCGCUCGACAUGUACCCGAAGAUGCUCAAGUUCGACGCCAUCGUCCAAGAGUCGUAUGCCAUGACGCUCACCCGUCAGUGUUUCCUGCCCCUCGUCAUCACAAGGGGCAGCGACCAGGUGGCCAUCAGCUCGCGCUUCGAGGUGCGAAACGACCCCGCCGUGGUGCGCAAUUACGGCAGUAUUCUCAUCGAAUACGCCAAGUGUGUACCGGAUGGUAUCGUCGCCUUCUUCCCGUCGUACCUCUACAUGGAAAGCAUCGUCGCUGCGUGGCACGACAUGGGUAUCCUCGACGAGGUGUGGAAGUACAAGCUCAUCUUCAUCGAAACACCCGACGCACCGGAAACGAGCAUUGCGCUGGAGAACUACCGCAGGGCGUGCGACAAUGGGCGUGGCGCUAUUCUGCUGUCCGUCGCGAGAGGAAAGGUCUCGGAGGGCAUCGAUUUCGACCACAACUACGGACGAGCUGUGAUCAUGUUCGGCGUACCCUAUCAGUACACUGAAUCACGUAUCCUCAAGGCACGCUUGGAGUUCCUGCGAGACAACUUCAGGAUUCGCGAAAACGACUUUCUCACCUUCGACGCUAUGCGUCACGCUGCGCAGUGCGUGGGGCGUGUCUUGCGAGGUAAGACGGACUACGGUCUCAUGGUGUUUGCCGACAAGCGGUUUGCUCGAGCCGACAAGCGCAACAAGCUGCCCAAGUGGAUCGCGCAGUACAUCAAGGAGACGCAUUCGAAUCUGUCGACCGACAUGGCGAUUGUCGAGUCGAAGCUGUUCAUCCGGUCCAUGGCGCAGCCGUAUCCGGAGGGCAAGAACGGUGUCAGCCUGUGGGAGCUGAGCGAUAUCGAAUCGCGGCAAGCAAAGGAGAGGGAGACGUUCGCGAAGCUCAUGGGCGGCCAACUCAAGGUGGAUGCCAACGGAGAGGUCAUCGAUAAGGACGACAGCGAUUCCGACAUGGACGGCGAGCGUGUUGGUAAGGAGGAGGACGACUUUGACAAGGAGUUUGGCGAGGGUCAGGAUCUCGCGCAGAUGAACGAACUGGACGAGGUCAUGCAGGAUGUCUGA